UCUACAGAAACAGAAACAAGACCUCCAGAUACAAAUUCAGGAAAAUCUCAAUCAAUCUGACAUCAAUUUGAAAGACAAGAAUAAAUUGUUUCAUGAGCUCGAAACAGCAAGACAUGAACUGAUUUCGCUGAAAGAAAAUAUGGAGAAGAGGGAGGAUGAACAAAGAGCUCUUACUACAGAAAUUCAACACCUGGAGAAGAUAAACGCAGAGAACCAGGAAGCAUUGUCAACAUUCAUGAAGAAAAUUGAAGACAAGAACAUGGAGAUAUCUAACAUGAAGGAUGCAUUACAUACACAGAUGCAGAAGGGAGAGGAGCUGCAAGGUUAUCUGGAUGAAAAAGAGGGCAGGAUCUGUGAGCUGGAGACAAGGAAUAAUCUACUGGUCAAUGAAAGUGAAAGCAAGGCUGAUAAGAUUUCAACACUGCAAGAAGAAUUGGACCAAGCUCAAGAAAACCUCCACAGUUUUGCAUCAGAACAUGAGAAAGUUGAUAAAGAAGUGGCUGCUUUGAAAAAAUUACUGGAGACGAAGGAAAUAGAACUGGCAGCACUACAUGAAGAGAAGUCAAAUAUGGCCUUAGAGCAUGCACCUCAUGUUCACAGAAAAUUGAAUGUUGAAUAA